CCGGACUAAGCGUCUAGGUUUGGGGUCCCUGGGCGCGCAAAGGAGGCGGGGCUAGUUUGCGUAGCUGCGCGCGCGUCUGGCGUAACGCAAGAGAGGAGGCGAGUCCGGAGGAUCCGAUGGGUAGAGUGACGCAACCAGAGUGUUUGGCGGGCGAUCAGAUAAACGUUGGUGAUCAGAUCGUUGUCAUACCUUCACACAGUUACCUAAAAGCCACUUCUGAGGUUCUUCAGGAUGCCUGCAGCACUUGUGGAGAACAGCCAGGUUAUCUGUGAAGUCUGGGCCAGCAAUCUAGAAGAAGAGAUGAGGAAGAUCCGAGAAAUUGUGCUCAGUUACAGUUACAUCGCCAUGGACACAGAAUUUCCAGGAGUUGUGGUACGUCCUAUUGGUGAAUUUCGUAGCUCUAUAGAUUACCAGUAUCAGCUUCUACGGUGCAAUGUUGACCUUUUAAAAAUUAUCCAGCUGGGCCUCACAUUCACAAACGAGAAGGGAGAAUAUCCUUCUGGAAUCAACACCUGGCAGUUCAACUUCAAAUUCAACCUUACAGAGGACAUGUACUCCCAGGACUCCAUAGACCUCCUUGCUAACUCAGGGCUGCAGUUUCAGAAGCACGAAGAAGAAGGGAUUGACACGCUGCACUUUGCAGAGCUGCUCAUGACAUCUGGAGUGGUUCUCUGUGACAAUGUCAAAUGGCUCUCAUUUCACAGUGGCUAUGAUUUUGGCUACAUGGUAAAGUUGCUUACAGAUUCUCGUUUGCCUGAAGAAGAACAUGAAUUCUUUCAUAUUCUGAACCUUUUCUUCCCAUCCAUUUAUGAUGUGAAAUAUCUGAUGAAGAGUUGCAAAAAUCUUAAGGGCGGUCUUCAGGAAGUUGCUGAUCAGUUGGAUUUACAGAGAAUUGGAAGGCAACACCAGGCAGGCUCCGACUCACUGCUGACGGGAAUGGCGUUCUUCAGGAUGAAGGAGUUGUUUUUUGAGGACAGUAUAGAUGAUGCCAAGUACUGCGGGCGGCUCUACGGUCUGGGCACAGGUGUGGCACAGAAGCAGAAUGAAGACACCGACUCCGCCCAGGAGAAGAUGAGCAUCCUGGCGAUCAUCAACAACAUGCAGCAGUGACCGCCGUGGCUGCCCUGUAUGUGGCUGCACCUGGACUGGUGCUUCCUGUGCUCUGCUUCCUCCCUGAGAGCGUGCAUCUGAGCAGACCAAGCAGACUGGCUCUGUGGAGCAGGGAGACUUGCUUUUUACUGAAGGCAAAACAUGUCUUUAUUUUAGAUCCAGAAGAGGGGAGUCUGCUCUCAAUUUGUAAACAGGUCUUCCCUGUUCCACAUCCCCACGCCUCUCCUCUCCAGCUGCCUCCUGUCACCAGCAUCCAUAGCUCCUUGACACUAUUUUAAAUAUCCAGGACAAGCCUGAAACGAGCGAGUAAAAUGUAUAUAACUCUUGCCUGUUGUCAUUCUUUUUCUUUUAAAUUUGUUGCUAAUUUCUGAGAGGAUUGUGAUGCUCAGCCGAAGGUUCCCAGAGGAAAUGGUACAAACACAAAUGGUGUUCUGGGGGAGUGGUUAGGACAUUCUGAGUCUUGGCCCUCCCCUUUUUCUGACCCUUCAUGAAACCAUUGGCUUUGCUGACAUUUUGGUGGUCUUUAUUUAUGUAUGAUUAUAUGGAAAUGAAUUGCCCAGUGCUGAAAUUUAGACAAUUCUACUAAAUCUGUCCUCAUGACCAACUCCAGAGUGCGUGUUGACCACUGACGUGUCUUGACAUCUGUGCCACUGAGAUUUGCUGUCAUUUAUGCAUCAUCUGAAGUUACUGUAAACUUUCAGAUAAUGAAAUAUCCUGGACUUGAUCUCAAGGAAAUGAGUAGGAUGAGAUUUUUGGACACAUAAUGAGCCUUCAAAAGAGCUGAGGUGACUACCAGUGACACAUGGUGACUCAGAGUCCAGAGCCGCGUUACGUUUUAAGAAACGAGAUUUCAGAUGGUCAUGUCGUCUUCCUGCUCUGCAUUUCUCAUGCUUUCCCUUUCAGCAAACCUGAGGAGGCAGGAGAUGGUUAACGUAGGUAUUUGGCAUGUGGAUCUUUGCAUUGUACCCAGGGCAGUAAAGGAAUGUUGUUUAGAGAGAUCUCUUGGAGUAAUUUCCCACAACCAGGAUAGGAAACUCAGGACUUUGAUUUUAGAACUAGUCAUUUUAAAGUACAGUGUUUUCUUUGACUACAAGAUGGACAGUUUUGAAAAAUCAAAAACCCGUUUUGAAUGGUGAAAAUAAAACACCUCGCUAAAGCAGGAUAGUCUCACAUUUUAAAACCUUCAGAAAACUUAAUUUGAAAUGAUUAAAAAAUGUCAAGUGUUACAAGCUGGUAUUUAAGAUGUUGUAAAUAUUAUUUAUGUUUUUAAUUUUGUAAAAUAAAGAUUUCUUUUUAAUCACUGGCA